CACCAGCCAGUGAGCUGUGGAGUGUGGAUUUGAAUACCACUCCUUUGCCUCCGUGCCCAGAAGACGUUCAUCCAUGUGUUUGUUUGCAAAGCUCUGCCAACUGAACAGUCUACACGUGGUUGUGGUAGAAGCUGUGGGUUUGGAAGUCUGCACCUCAACAAGGAAAAUGUAUCAGAGAGAGAAAUGCAAGGACCAAUCCACCAUGCCUGAAGUCAAAGACCUUUCAGAAGCCUUGCCAGAGACAUCAAUGGAUCCCAUCACGGGAGUGGGGGUGGUGGCCUCUCGGAACCGAGCCCCAGCAGGCUAUGAUGUAGUUGCACAGACAGCAGAUGGUGUGGAUGCUGACCUCUGGAAAGACGGCUUAUUUAAGUCCAAGGUUACCAGAUACCUGUGUUUCACAAGAUCAUUUUCCAAAGAAAAUAGUCAUUUAGGGAACGUGUUAGUGGAUAUGAAGCUCAUUGACAUCAAGGACACUCUGCCUGUGGGCUUCAUCCCAAUUCAGGAGACGGUGGACACACAGGAAGUAGCUUUUAGAAAGAAGAGGCUGUGCAUUAAAUUUAUCCCCCGGGAUUCAACUGAAGCUGCAAUUUGCGACAUUCGGAUCAUGGGCCGGACCAAGCAGGCCCCGCCCCAGUACACGUUUAUUGGGGAACUGAACAGCAUGGGGAUCUGGUAUCGAAUGGGCAGAGUACCCAGAAAUCAUGACUCAUCUCAGCCCACAACGCCUUCCGAGUCGUCAGCUGCUUCCACCCCGGCCCCCAACCUCCCCAGGCACAUCUCACUAACGCUCCCCGCUACCUUCCGAGGCCGGAACAGCACUCGGGCUGACUAUGAGUACCAGCACUCCAAUCUGUAUGCCAUAUCAGCAAUGGAUGGUGUGCCUUUUAUGAUUUCAGAGAAGUUUUCCUGUGUUCCAGAAAGUAUGCAGCCCUUUGAUCUCUUGGGAAUCACCAUCAAAUCUCUGGCAGAAAUUGAGAAGGAGUACGAGUACAGCUUUCGUACGGAGCAGAGCGCCGCUGCCAGGCUCCCGCCCAGCCCCACCCGGUGUCAGCAGAUCCCCCAGUCCUGAGGCACCAGCAGCGGGGAGAAGGCGCACCAUCUGCCCAGACGACUGAGCACCCCAGCCGGGGCUGCUCUGGGCAGCUGAGCUCUUCCAUCCUCAGUCACUGGCUUGCCUGACAUGACCCCACCUCCCUGGGGACGCUGUUCAUAACCUCAACUAAUCUGUGUGCUGUAGUGACCAGCGGCUCCCAACGUAUGUGUGUGAUGACCAGUCAUCCUAUGAACACCCCUACCCGGCACGGGAGUCACACCUGAGGGCCCCGGACAAUUGCUCAGGCCGCCCAGUGACGCCAUCGGCUCCCUUCACUGAUUGUCGCCUGCCACCAAGCCAUUGCUUUCUUCCUGGGAGACCUUGAGGGGGCAGUGGCUUUGCACAGGACCCUCCAGGGCUCACCGAUGGCCCGAUACCCGGGGCUGCCACAGAGCAGUCCUCACGCCAGUGUCAUCAAGUGCCCCCAGCAUUACAUGGAGACCCUGAGGAAACACGGGAGGAAGAAGCUGAUGGCCCAGGUGGCCCCGCGCCUGGGUCCCUGCCCCGCUGUGGACUUCCCUGGCUUGGACUCGUCACUCGAUCACACACUGGACGUCCUGACUUCGGGGAGCAGCAUGCCUCGGCUGCAGGCGCAGAGAGGACUUGCCCUCUGGGCGAGAGGGCAGAGUGACCAGCUCUCGCUUGGAUGUGACUUUUGCCACCCAGGAUGCUGUGGUCAUCCCCUUCCUCCCAAAGGGCUCGUCUCUGUAACACCCAUGUGCCAACAGCUCUGCCAACUGCCUUGGCCCAGUGCCCUGAUCCGGUGACCACAGCAACAGGCCCUCCUGGGGCGUCAGGUGAAGAGGCUCUGUGAGCCAGUACCCAGCGCCAGAGGGACACGGCCGCGUGGUCACCCAGCUUCUCAGAGCCAGGCUGUGUCUUGAUGGUUUCUGCUAACAGGAACAGUUGUUUGGAAAAGUCCAUCUGACCCAGGUCACCCAACUGGGGUCAGAACUGACAUUUCUGCCACAAAUGGCCAACGGACACACUGCCGGCUGCCAAGUUCAACCCCACGCACGUUUGCCAUGAGCACAGGGUUGCUGCCCCCGCUUGAGGCUUGGGCCCUCGCCCCAGUGGCCUGCCUUGUGUGGCUGUUGGGGGUUGUCCUGAUUCCACAGAAUGUCGGUGUCCCAUCUUGGGGGUCACCAGAUGGUUGGAGUCUUAGAUGGGAGGUUUGAUGUGUGUCUGGAGGCUGGCGUGUAGGUGGGCCAUGGAGAGUAGGGAGGUCCCCCUGCCGGGAAGACAGCACAGGAGACAGGCCCCUCCUCCCUAUAGUUCCCAGGGUGGCAUGUGGUUAGCUGAGCGGCUGGGGUGCAAGAGGAACCAGCCAACACAGUGAGGAGGGUGGCUGCUGGCUACCUGGGGCAGGGCAGAAAAUACCUCAUGACCUGCGUCAGCCCUGCCGUCUCCAGAGCCUCAGCUCUCCUGCCUCGGUCACCCCUUGGUCUUCAUUUUGAUACCUCCUGAUUUCUGUGCAUUUAGGGUAAUGGUCGCUUUCUCCACCUUCCCCGACACGUGAGGACGUCCCUGGUGAGACUGGCCUUCCCGUGCCUCCCACGCGGCAACAUGGCAGGAAAAGGCAGUUUGUGGAACCCACCAGGGCCAAGAGACUUCAGGUCGAGACAGCGGUCCCUGUGAGGGAUUGGUGCUUAACCAGGCGGGAGCUGACCAACUGUCUCAAAUGUACCCACUGAAAUAAGCUCGUUGUGUUUCUGGGGAAUUGAGGGAGCCCAUGGGCCCAGAGAAACUGUGUCUACUGCUGCUUUUUGGAUGGACAGUUGGUUCAAAACCAAGUGACCUGUGUAACUUGAAGUCCCAACAGAGAGGGGUGACAUCCAGCAGGCUUGGGGGGGCAGAACUCUGAUGACUUCUGUUCGUUUGGUUUGUGCACUUUGUCCUCCGACCUUUUUUCACAUCCCGGCUGUGAGACUAUUUUUGACUGGUAACGCCCGGCAGCCCUUCUCCCUUGACAGA